AUGACUGAUAGUAAUAUCUCGGAUGCAAUUCAGAGUUCACGUUCAAAUACCGAACGUGUGAUCACUGCCGACGAGCACGCCUGUUUAUAUUCUCCGGAACAACAGGAACGUCAACAAGUGCCGGUGUUCAAACAGAAUCUAUUCGAUAAGAAUGCUCAGAAAUAUUGGGAUCAGUUCUACAAACGAAAUACAAAUAAUUUCUUCAAAGAUCGCCAUUGGACACUGCGUGAAUUUAAUAUUGAUCCAAACGAAUCCGUUAAACUAUUCGAAGUUGGUUGUGGAGUUGGCAAUUUCCUUUUUCCACUAUUAACUGAACUACCGAAUCUAUUCAUCUAUGCUUGCGAUUUUUCCCCGACUGCCAUUGAUCUUGUUCGUCAAAAUGCCAACUAUGAUCCCGAACGCAUCCAAUCUUUUGUUUGUGAUUUAACUGCUGAUUCAGAUAUCCCAAUCGAAGAAAACUCAAUCGAUUUUUGUUCAAUGAUCUUUGUUCUAUCUGCCAUACAUCCCGAGAAAAUGCUAUGCGUUCUUCAAAAAAUUCACAGAAUUCUCAAACCUGGCGGGUAUCUUCUCUUUCGUGACUAUGGCUUAUACGAUCAUGCAAUGUUUCGUUUCGCUCGGCAGAGACAACAUAAACUAUCCGAAAAUUUUUACGUCCGACAAGACGGUACUCGUGCGUACUUUUUUUCAAUUGAAUAUCUAACCAAUUUACUAAAUGAAUGUCAAUUUCAAAUUGAUGAGUUGUCAUAUGUAUUCAAAGAUACAGUGAAUGUAAAAGAAGAUAUUUGUGUGCCGCGUGUUUUUUUACAAGGAAAAUUUCAGAAAAAAUAA